GGCUAACUCUCCACUAUUUAGUUAGCUUACUUGUCCAGCUCGGGAUUUAGCAAUUUACCUGACACGAACGUGUGGUGAAUAGAGCAAAAAGGAAAGGACAUGCUCACAUUGAAUUAAAACACACGUCUUUCAGAGAAACGUUGCUCCACAGCACAGGGUACUCCAGCAGCCAUGUCAGGAAUUAAAAGGAAAAUAGAAGGCAACGAUCCCGACUAUGAGGACGUUUCGCUGGUCCAAAACAGUAAAAGAAACAAAGCGGCUGAACAUAAUGCUCGAGAAGCAACAGUGCAGAAAAUUGAAACCAUCAUCAGGGAGCAGUUUUCUUUGGAAAUGAAGAACAAAGAGCAUGAAAUAGAUGUGAUAAGUCAGCGACUUAAUGAAGCCAGGAGGAUGAUGGACAAGCUGCGGGCAUGCAUAGUGGCCAAUUACUAUGCCAACGCUGGAAUUCCAAAAGUCUCAGAGCACGGCUCUAAGAGUGACCCUGCCGUGCUGAACCAUCCAGCCAUCCGCCGGUUCCUGGAGUCCCCAUCCCGUUCCUCUUCGCCUCUCAACCAGGGCUCUGAGACUCCUUCUCUGGCCCAUUCUGAGUCCGAGUCCCUCUCACAGCAAGGAGAAGGAGCUGAGAGGAACGGAGAGGGAGCAUGGCGAGACGACGGCAACAGGCAGGAGCGCAGACCUGGACGUAAUGUAGGCAAAGACACAUUUGGUGUGCCAUCGACCUUAGGAGCUGAGCAGAGGGUGACCUACCACACCACUGGAGACGAGGCCUCUAGACUCUAUGCAAAGAAGACAAUCGUAGUGGGGAAUGUAUCCAAGUACAUUCCCCCUGAUAAACGAGAAGAGAAUGACCAGUCUACCCAUAAGUGGAUGGUGUAUGUCAGAGGCUCCAGAAGAGAACCUAGCAUCGACCACUUUGUAAAGAAAGUCUGGUUCUUCUUGCAUCCCAGCUACAAACCCAAUGACCUAGUGGAAGUCAGUGAGCCUCCCUUUCAUUUAACACGUCGCGGUUGGGGUGAGUUCCCCGUGAGGAUCCAGAUCCACUUCAAAGACCCUCGCAACAAACGUAUUGACAUCAUCCACCAGUUAAAGCUCGACAGAACCUACACUGGCCUACAGACACUUGGGGCAGAAACUGUGGUUGAUGUGGAGCUUCAUAGGAAUUCUCUUGGGGAAGACUACAUCCCUCACUCCUCUUCCACCAAGGUGACUCACCGAGCAGCCAGCCCCAUGUCGGCCACCUCCCAGGCUCAGAGUUAUGGACGCUCUAGUUCUCCCAUUUCACAUGACUCCGGUAUAGACAAAGGUUUCAUCAAAGCAGAGAUGGGGAGACCAGCAGGUGGUCAUAGCACAGGCCUCACUGCUGGUGAACGCACUCCAACACGACCCAAAGCUAGUGAUAGGGUCACUCUUGGUUCCCAUGGCAACUCCGCCUUCCAGCCUAUCACAGCAAGCUGUAAGAUUGUCCCCCAGGGACAGCCGCCCAGUCCUGCGGAGUCUCCCGGGAAAUCAUUCCAACCAAUCACCAUGAGCUGUAAAAUUGUUUCAGGGUCGCCGAUCUCCACACCGAGCCACUCUCCGCUGCCCCGCACACCCACCACCUCCACCCCUGUCCACAGCAAGCAGAGCUCUUCCUCUGUGCUCAACAAUCCUUACAUCAUUGUUGACAAACCAGGCCAGGUGAUCGGCAUAGCUGCCUCAUCUGCUGCCUCCACAGGAAGCCCCUCCACCAAACAGUCUGCUGCUCAAGGCACUCGUUCUCCAGCGCCUAAAGUUCACACUGGCACCUUCCUCUCCUCAGGGGUGAAGGUUAUUAUCAAGCAGGAGCCAGGGGAAGUUUCAGCACAGCAACAGCAGAUGGUUUCCACAGUAACCAGCCAGCAGCAACCUGCUGCUACAGCAGCGCACCAGUUUGUCGCAGUGAAGGGAGGUCACAUGAUCUCCAUGUCGGCCCAGAAACAGGCCGGAGGGGCCACAGGGGCGACAACUGGCAAGAUGUUAGGUAUUCCUGUUAGCUCAACACUUCAGUCUUCGGUCAAACAGGUUGCUAUCAGCAGCGGACAGAUCCUGGUUGCCAAGGGCAACCCUUCUGUCUCAAAGGUGAUGGGUGGGAAGCAAGUUUUGGCUCAGGGAGUCGCUAAAGCCAUUGUCAGUGGAGCCAGUGGCAUCUCUGGUCAACAGGCUGCUGCCAAGGCGGCUGGAGGUUCAAGUGGAAAAAGUGGAGUGAUGGCUACGCUUCAGCUGCCAGCCAACAAUCUGGCCAAUCUGGCCAAUUUGCCUCCAGGCACCAAACUCUACCUGACAACCAACAGUAAAAACCCCUCAGGGAAGGGAAAGCUGCUUCUCAUCCCACAGGGAGCUAUACUCCGAGCCUCCAGUGCAAGUCAGCAGUCUCAGAGCAGCUCGUCAGCAGGCACUGGUGGCUCUCAGAACUCCUCCUCCUCUUCCUCUUCAAGCAGUCUGCCUUCCAACCUCUCCUACACGUCCUAUAUCCUUAAACAGACCCCACAGGGCACGUUUCUGGUUGGCCAGCCAGCACAGGGUUCAGGGAAGCAGGGGGGUUCCAGUUCGGCAGGUCAUGCAGCAUCAUCUCCAGCAGCUGUUUCGCAGCAGGCUAUUCGGGUCACAGCUGGACAGAAGGCAGCCAUCCUGGCCCAGGUAGUGGGCGGCGCCCAGGGUGCACAGGUGAAGUUGUCUGACGGCUCCGUUAAGACAGUCACAGCAGCCGGAGCAGGCCACUUGUCCAAGCCGGGUACCACCACAUUGAGGAUGACUGGUGGAGUCAUCACUGCUGCUAGUUCCACCCCCGGCUCUGUCAGCGCCGCCGCAGCAGCAGCAGCAGCCCAACAACAGACUGCUGAUGGUGGGAAGUCUGCAUCUCAGCACCACUCACUCCUGGUGGCUGCCAACCAAGCAGCAGUAAUCAGCGCAGCCAAGAACGCCAGCGCUGCUGCAGGCGGCAGCUUGUCGAAGACAGCUGUGGCCUCCUUGGUCAAGGGGGCUGGCAGCUCUGCCACAAUGACAAAGAGUGCUGUGGGCUCAACUGGUGCCGUAGUAACAGUAGCAAAAGGGAUCACCAAUAUGCCCGUCAUUAGCAUGUCCAAGGGGGCUGGGGUGGGGACUGUCGUGGGUGUUCCCAAAAGCAGCGGCACGUCGUUGGUUAAUGCAGCCUCAUUAGUCAGCGGGGUGGCAGCCGGAGGAGGGAAGACAGGAGCUGCUCUGUCAGGUAUGCUGAAGAUCCACUCUGGAGGUUCCAGCUCCCAGCAGACAGUCUUAACCAUUCCUGCUAACCAGCUCAAGCAGCUGGGGGUUGGCACUGGGUCUGGUGGGCUGCAGACCAUAUUCAUGCCUGUUGGGAAAGUAGUGUCUAAAGGCCCAGUCUCCAGUACUCCUUCCUCCUCCUCUUCCACCACCCCUGGAGCACCUGGAGCUGGAGCCUCCCCAAGUCCUGCCAGUCAGGCCUCCCCCUCCCUUGCCCUGCCUCUGGCACAAGUGAAGACAGAGCCAGGUGCUGGCACAGCCGUCACAGCUGGUCCGUCUCCCCCGGUGACUGCUCCUGCCCCCCCUUCUGUCCACGUCGCCUCUGCAGCUACGACUGUCAAGCAGGAACAAGGGGCAGAUAGCGCUACGCAUGACCUCAUCAACACUGAGCACAUAGAAACCAUGAUGCAGCUGCUGACAGCCGUGGUGAAGAAAUUCCCUCUGAUUGUGCCAGAUAAGACCGAAGACUCCCAUCCGUUUUGUGCCUCUUCGACGGAGCAGUAUUAUUCCUGGAAUAUUGGCAAGCGCAGAGCAUCGGAGCUUCAGCGAGCAGUGGCAGUGAAGCGGGUUGUCCAGGACGUGUUGGACCGCUCACCCCGCCUGCAGGCCCUCACUCCCCCAAAAACCAGAGAGGUGGUGCAGUGGUGCCGACAGAGGGGCUACACGCCACCUGACCCCGAGCCCCAAAACAAGAACGAUGACGAGUCCAUCGAGGACAUUCUCACACAAAUAGACAAUGAGCCUGAGUGCCCAUCGACCCUGAGUACCUGCGAUGAGCUGUUGUUGAGGCUGGAGCAGAUGCAAGCUCUGCUGAAAACAGAACCAGAGGAGGCGGACGAUGAAAUAGUCGACAUUGUCACUGUGACUCCUCCCUGCCAGAAACUAAAGGUCAAAGAGGAGGAGCCAGAAGCUGACGUGGAGCCCAAAUUCUUCCUGGGCCCCUGCACGUCCACCCAGUUCGUCAGUGAAACAGCUCAGCAGAUCGGAGUAACCUACCAGCCAGUGGAGGUGGAGAAGAACGUGUUCGCUCCAGUAGUCGAGGCAAUGAUUCUGAAGGCUACCGAACAGUUUGCCAGUGACAUCCUGAGAGAAGCUCUGGCUGGGGCCUAUGCCAAAUCCCCUCCAAACAGAGCGCCCAGAGAGAUCACAGCCAUGAACAUCCACCAGGCGGUCAGUAGUAUCCCCACCUGCGACUUCCUCACCAACACACACAUGGGUUACCUGACUAAGGACAAGUGAUACCGACUGGUAGCUGAAUCACUUAGAGAGAUGAGGACUAUCUGAACUGCUGGCCGUGACAAAGAGACUCUUGCUCUUGGAACUGACAGCGCUCCUGUGCAAAUAUUCGCACCCAGAUGUAGUCCUGUUGCCUCAGGUUGCGCAGUAAUAACUAAUGCACUGUAUUCAUUAACUUGAUCAUAGAAGGGCUCAGCUUGCUUCUCAAAGCAGCUGCACAGCAUCAGAAUAUCAAUUGUUUCUAAUACUCUGGAUAUGUUGUAACAUUUUAGUCCAAAUGUGUGGAGAGAAGCGCCAUUGUGGGGCUCGUGUUAUUUGAUUUGGAGAGGCUGUUGUGGCUCUUGCUUACCUCAUAACAAGAUUAUUUUAAUGAAGUGUUUCCUGCCAGACAGCCAGCAUCUCAUCGGGGAAAUGACGCCUGAGUGACUUACAGGGCUAAAUUAUAACAUCAGACAGCUGUCCCCCUCCUGCAUACUCCCACCUUGCUGUCACAGCCCUUGAAUUUAUAAGAAUCGUUUUUUUUUUGCAGCUGAGGCGAACCACAGAUUUACAGCGAUUUGGAAACACUGAUCAGCAUCUGAGUGUUUUCCAUCAGUCAGCGGGCACUUUGGAUGUAGCAAACAGAGUGUUUCUUCCAAAAGUGCAGUUGCCGUGGCAACCAAUGAUCGUCAUUACCAACAUGCUUGGAUGUGUUUCAGUGUUACCUGGCAGAGGUAAUUAUGGGUCUUUGCAGAACAAACAAUGCGGGAAGUGGCUGUGUUCUAGAGCGUUUCAUAGACGGAUAACGGCACCGAGGCCUUCAUUAAGUCUCUCGAAAAAAAUCUCAUGUCUCCUUAGGAUAAAGGUAGUGGUGAACUCAGCAGAUCAUUGUGUCAUUGUGAUUCCAGGACGCUCUUAAUAUUUAUCUUUUUCUUCAUGACCCAGGUCUAGCAGCCCUUUGAAGUGCUUUUAAGUGUUCUGUUUAACAACCGUAAUGUAUCUUAUCAUGUAAUGUAUAGUGUAUAUGAAGUAUGGUGUUUUCAAAUACUGUUUAUUUUUUUAUCUAAUAUCAACACCUGCGAACAGUGAUGCCCUAACAGUAGUGAGUGUGUUUAUAUGAAUAUGUGUGGUUAUUGGAUGUAGUCCCCCCCCUCCCCCCCACUGAAGUCAGUGCAUUUGAUGGUAAGUGAAUGCUAGUGCGUGUUUUUUGUCAGUUGAUUCCAAUAAGGCUGUGUCGUCUUGGUAAUUCUCUUUAAUGUGGAGCUUUGCAUUAUGUUAAUGUGUGGAUGACUGGACAAGUGAAUGUGUUCGGGGCUGAGUGGAUAUAAUGCCUGUUCAACCAAAUCAAUUAGUGUAGAAGAUACCUAAAUAUUGUAUUUUCAUGUUUCGGUGCAAACCAAAAGUAUAAUCAAUAUUCUUAUAAUAAACUUGGAAAAAAACAUUUCUUGCAAACCUGA